AUGUCUUUUUUUUUUCUUCCUUUAAUUCUCUGUAUAGAGCUGAAUUUCCUCUAUAAGGCUGUGGGGGGAGCACUGGCAGCGUCCCAGAACAUCAGCUACAUUGAAGAACAGCUGCAGAGCUACUUGGAAAGAGUCAGACGUCUGGAACCUUCUGAGAGAGAGGGACCGAUUUCGGUGUUAGCAUCCUCUGCUGAGGGCCACUUCGACCUGGCCUUGAAGACAGUCCACGACUUUGCUGCUGCUGGGGAGAAUAGGAGACUUCCUAGGGUCUUCACCCUCCAGAAGGAGCACCAGAAGGAGAACGGAGCAAAGACAGCUGCUGCUGUCAUGCUCAUCUACAGUAAAAUAGCACUCCAUGCACCCAAGCAGCAGCUUCUUGCCCGGGUCGAGACGGACAUUGUAGAGAACAUCCUGUGCCAGUACAGAACCAGCCCUCAGGACACAGAACUCAAGCUGGCCCUAAUCCAGAGUGUCACAGAAGUCAGCUGCGCCCUUCAAGGCGUUGGCACCUGUGAGAACUUCAGCUUUGCUUCGAAGAGGGUGCUGCUGGAGCUUGUGCUGGACUUCAUGAAGCAGGAGCCCCUGGAUUGCGUGGCUUCUCCCGUUCGCUACAGGGCAAUUCUUGCGGUGGAGCACUUGAGCAAGAUCAAGCCAUCUCUGACCCAGAAGGAAAACUGUCAUCUUCUUCAGGAGUGCUUCCGAAGCCUAUUUCCCCUUCCUCCCCUUGAGCAGACAAAAGAAGGGGAGGCAGCAGAUGAUGCUGAGCAUGCAGAGGCUCUCUAUACACGAUCCCUGGAAGCUCUUGCUCGCCUCAUGACAAGUCUUGAGGAAGAGCUGACCUUGUCAUGGCUCAAGGAAACCUUUCACCUCCUAGAGGCCUGGCUCCGUUCUGGGAAAGAGUGGGAGAGAGAGAGGGCCCUUUAUGCCUGCACUCAUCUGCUAAAGACUUACACCGAGAGACUGGAGGAUGCUAGAGAAAACUCUUCUGAGCAGUUUGGCUCCAUGAUUGGAGUGCUGGGGCCUCUCAGCUGUGACUCCCUGGCCACAUCACGCCAGCGGGCAGUCGACUGUAUCAGCUGCCUUCUCUCAACACAAGGCAAGGUUAUGCACACAAGGGAAGUGGAUCUGAAUCACUUCUGUGAGGAGCUGAUGGCCGCAGAUGUGGAUUCGCUGCUGAGGACCUCUUCCAAAAUCGCAAAGGUUGCAUGCAAAUCCUUUUGCUCAGAGCAGGCAAGAGGCUUUCUGAAGGCUGUCCUGGGCAGCAUGCUGUCCUUCAGCCCCACUUGUGCUCGGGCAGCAGGCGAGUGGAUGCUCAUCUUCCUGAAGGAAUGUGGAAGAGAAAUGUUGCGGGAGAGCAAAGUUGUUCCCUCUGGGGAAGGUGUUAAAUCUAUGAGAAAUGAGGAGGCUGGAGGCAAGGACAAGUAUCCCUGGAGAGCUGGUUCCUCCAGGAAGGACCUGAAGGCCCUUGUGCAGGCACUGCAUGGUAUCUUCGGAAGGUGUGAAGAAUGUGUUAGGUCUUGA